UAUCGCGUACCGCCUGUCACCACCGGCAUAAAAAUUGUAAACAACGUACAAAGACGACAGAAACAACGAUUUUAUUUCGCGUUUGAUAAUAAAGUUGAGUGGCGCAGUUUUUUUCCUAAACUUCAAUUUAUUUAAAAAGGUCAGCUUAGAAUGGAUCAAAACCAAGAAUCUCAAUCAAAUUUAGUUUGUGCAGUCAACCUUGAAUGGCAAAAUUCGCAGCAGUCAAUUCUGCGUAGAGCGAACUACAAAUCUGCUACACUUUGUCUAGUUCGAAAUGAAUUCAAAGAGUUGUUCAUUGAGGUUAGGGACGAGAAAUCAAAUCCAAAGUAUCACUUGAAAGAUAUUACCGUGCACAAUAAAUUUAUGUCGGAAGGAAAGGCGUCCAUAAACUUCCAACAUCAAAACAUGGUUCUGCUUAUUUCAAAUGCACCACCAGCGCAUCUGUUGAUGUUCCUUCGGUCGUUGUACGUGAAGUUAGCAGGCGACAAGUCUGACUCAAAGGUUGGGAUGCGAGAGAGACUGCUGUCGAAGAAAUCCCAGGUGUUGCAAGAAAUUAGCCCUGUUACAUUACAGGAAAUAAAAAAUGCUAAAGCCAAAUCUGGAAUCAGCACUACUCCAGACAUCACACCACCCAGUGGCAGUAAGAGACCUCGUAUCGCCGACAAAAAUGUUAAGAAAAAGGCGGGCAAGAAGCUGUGCAUGACCUCGGUCGCUCCGGUGGCGCUGGACCCAGAGCAGAGUGAGGUACUGGAGGCCGCUCGUCGGGGGCAGAGCUUCUUCUUCACUGGGAGCGCCGGGACGGGCAAGUCCUACCUGCUGAGGCGCAUCAUCGCCGUGCUGCCCCCCGAGGUGACGGUGGCGACGGCCAGCACUGGGGUGGCGGCGUGUCACAUCGGCGGCGUCACGCUGCACUCCUUCGCAGGUAUCGGCUCGGGGGAGGCUGCCGUGGAGCAGUGCGUGCAGAUGGCGUCUCGCGUGCAGGUCCAGCAGUCCUGGAGGCGGUGUCGCCACCUCAUCAUCGACGAGGUCUCCAUGGUCGACGGAGACUUCUUCGAGAAGCUGGAGCAGGUGGCGCGGGCGGUGCGCGGAUGCGACCGGCCGUUCGGGGGCCUGCAGCUGAUCCUGUGCGGGGACUUCCUGCAGCUCGCCCCCGUGGGGCGUCCCGGGAAGAAGGUGCGCUUCUGCUUCCAGACGCCGGCGUGGGACCGCUGCGUGUCGGCCUGCUUCGAGCUGACGCGCGUGCACCGCCAGUCGGACCAGGCCUUCAUCGACGUGCUGCAGAGCGUCCGUGUGGGCAGGGUGACUGCGGAGAUCUCGAAGAAGCUGACGGACACGUCCGGCCACAACAUAGAGACGGAGGGCAUCUUGGCCACGCGCCUCUGCAGCCACACCAAGGAUGCCAACCUCAUAAACGAGAACAAUCUCUCCAAGCUGCCUGGCCCGGGGCGCUGCUUCGCGGCCCAGGACUCGGACCCCCAGGCGGCGCGGCAGCUGGACCAGCAGACGCCCGUGCCCGGCACGCUGGAGCUGCGGGCGGGCGCGCAGGUCAUGCUCGUCAAGAACAUCAGCGUGGCCGAGGGGCUGGUGAACGGCGCGCGCGGCGUCGUCACCGGCUUCGGCGACGGAGGCUUCCCGCUGGUGCGUUUCCGGUCGCGACAGGAGGUGUGCGUGCGGCCUGACAAGUGGACCGUGCGCACGGCCGGGGCGGGCGUGCUGGUGAGGCGGCAGCUGCCCCUCAAGCUGGCCUGGGCGUUCUCCAUACACAAGUCGCAGGGGCUGACGCUGGACUGCGUGGAGAUGUCGCUGGCGCGGGUGUUCGAGGCCGGCCAGGCGUACGUGGCGCUGUCGCGCGCCCGCAGCCUGCACACGCUGCGUGUCGUGGACUUCGACCCCGCGCAGGUGUGGGCCAACCCGGACGUGCUGGCCUUCUACCGCCGGCUGCGACGCUCCGUGCAGGCCGCGCGGCUGGUGCCCCUGGGCGCCGCGCACGGGCGGUAGCGCGCUGCUCCUCCGCGCCUCGUGCACGCACUAGCUGUGUUAGCAGGAAUACCUUACCUUUCAACGCAGGCCUGCCACCAAACCCUGUUUGCAGUAUUUAAAUAUCCUGUUGUAUUCGAAAUCUAAAUUCAUAUUAGGUCCUGCCUUAAUUUAACUGUGCACAGUAAAAUUAUAGGAUGUUGAAAGUAGAGAUAAAUUAAUGAAAUAAAUUUUCUCCUGUCCUGGCUGAAGUAAUAACACUUUUUUUUAUAUAUCUGAAUUAGUGUUCAAAAUAUUGGAAGAUUUUUUUUUUUUUUUUUUUUUGAAGGUUGUUGAUUUCCAUCAUCUGGAAAUGAAGUGGAAAGUGAAAGGUUGGUUAGGUUAGGUAAACUACAGUAUUAAUACAUAAAUUGUAAUUUUAAUAAAAGUGACCAUUAGUUAAUGUAGCUUACCUAACUUAUCAAACCUUUUAUUUAAUAACUGUUUGACUUAUUUCCUGGAAGCUGCGAAUCUACAACGUUAACAGGUAAAAAUCACUUGUAAUAUUUCAAUGUGCAGCUAACAACUUGGUAAUGUUUCUACAAGCCAAUACAUAUUCUUAAUUUCUUACUUAGUUCCAUUAAGCUGCAACUUUCAAAUUUUACCACAAGAAUGUACUUCAUAAAAAAAUUUAUUUCAUUAAAUAAAUCUCAAAUUGCUCCUAACAAACUAUUAGGUUUCUUUAAAUGCAUUUGCUUUAAGUGUAAACAUAAAUUACAAGAUAAAAAUUUUAUUUCGAAUCAUAGCCACCUCAGUAUUUUCCUUGUUCAGUAUAUAUAAAUACAAAAAAAAUUAUUUUCGAGUUCAAAAGAGCAUUCAGCAUUGGCGAGUCAUAUUGUUCAUGCAGAAAGUUUUCCUGUAACAGGUUUUUUGUGUCAGUCAUUUUGUGUCUGGUUUUAAGACAAAAAAAAUAUCAAAGAUCAACUUUGCUAAGUUAAACUGCAAAAUGCCUUGUAAUUGACACUUGUUUCAAAUUUCAAAUACUGCGCUGUCAUUCUGACCAUUCAGAGGAUGCUUCUCAUACCUGGAGAUUUUACAAUUUUAUAUUGAUCAAUUUAGUGUAAAAUAUAUAACAAAAAUUUAUUUUUUACAUCAAUUUUGACCAGUUCCUGUUUGUAUAUUACAACAAGACAGUUUCUCUGUCAAAUGUAACACUAGAUAAAUUCAUAGAUAUUCAGUCCAAAGAGAUGGUAUGCAUGGAGUACACAAGCCUGUGUAUGCAUUAAAUAAUUUGCAAAUUUGUAGAGAAGUGCAAAUUAACUAGCAAAUAAUAGUUUCAACAAAAGCUGCACACACAGAAUGUUGAAAUGGAGACCAAUCACUGUAUUGUUAUGUUGUGGGGCUGUUCAUCUGUGUUUACUAGUUUUGUUUUAUUUCUCCUGUGGAGCAUUUAUUUUUUGCAUUUUUUUAACUUUGUGUUGUAACUUUUUAUUGUCUGUGACAAGAAUAAGUAUGACUUUGUAUUGUGAUAUCAUAUAUUUUUACACUUAAGUUUUUCUGGCGUGAUUAUGUAAAUGAGAAUUGUAAGCUAAUAAAUUGAAUUGGCUGAGCUGGUGAUCUGUGAAAA